UGACAGUCCGACAGUGCAAAUUUUUUUAUGUAAAUUGGUUUAAUUCCGAGAUACUUAAGUACUUUAUGCAUGAUCAAUAGGUCUGAGUUAUGCAUUCUUUCCUUUUAUAGAUCGCACGGUGUCGUACGAUCGUUGUUGAAUAAGAUAUCUGCGGUAAAUUUCUCUUCGUUAUUUCGAGUAAUGGAAGACAAAGAAAUCAAAAAGGAGAAAAAAGACAGCAGUGCCUCGGAGCAUGACAGUUCAAGUUCAUCUGUGGAUUUAACUGAUUUGGUGGAAGGUGCAAAAAAUUCAGAUUCAGGAAUGGAGAAAAUUCGCAAAUUUUUGGAGCAAAAGUUACAUAUUUUUGAGUCCAGUCAUGAACCCGGAGAGAAGGUUCUUGAAGACACAACAGUAGAUGGGAUUGUUGAUUUUAUAAAGACUAACAAUGUCACAAAAAUAAUUACUAUGGCUGGUGCUGGAAUAUCAACCUCUGCUGGAAUCCCCGACUUUCGUUCUCCGAAGAGUGGACUGUAUCACAACUUGGAAAAGUACAAUUUACCCCAUCCUCAGGCUAUUUUUGAAUUGGACUUUUUCAAAACGAAUCCUGAACCAUUUUUUGCACUUGCAAAAGAACUACUUCCUGAGGGAUACAAACCAACACCGAGUCACUAUUUCAUACGUCUGUUACAUGAGAAGGGACUACUUUUGAGGCAUUACACUCAAAACAUCGAUACCUUAGAAAGAGUGGCUGGAUUACCAGAAGAAAAACUAGUAGAAGCUCACGGUACAUUUCACACUGGUCGAUGUCUCGACUGUCGAGCUCCAUUCGAUUUAAUUUGGAUGAAGGAAAAAAUAAAAGAAGCUACGAUACCAAAAUGUGAAGAAUGCACAGAAGGAGUUGUAAAACCUGAUAUUGUUUUCUUUGGAGAAAUGUUACCAGAUAAGUUUCACAAACUGAUUGAGCAGGACUUUCCACAAGCAGAACUUUUAAUAAUCAUGGGCUCCAGCUUACUCGUUCAACCAUUUGCAUCCCUAGUGGAUAGGGUCAAAGGCAGUUGUCCGAGAUUGCUUAUAAACAAGGAAAAAGUUGGAAUGGCUGACAGAUUAUCAAGAUUCUUGGGUAUAAAUAGCGGUAUGAAUUUUGAUUCACCAAAUGCCAGAGAUGUGGCUUGGUUGGGUGACUGUGAUGCAGGAUGUCAGUUGCUAGCUGGAAAGCUUGGCUGGAAAGAGGAAUUGAACGACCUUAUUACGAAAGAACAUAAAAAAUUGGACAGCGAAACAGCACAGUUGAAGGAUUUGGUGGAAAAAGAAAAUCGUCGAUGUCAAAAUGAAAAAGCAAGUAACUUGUAAUACUAGUAUUUGUAUUUUAUUGGAAGAAUUUUUUAAACAUUCAACACUAAAAAUGAAUGGUUUCGAGCUUAAUCAACAUUUUUAUUGGCAAAGAUUAGAAUUAGUUUGUAAUUAAUUUAAAUUAUCGAUAAAAAACAGCAUACCUUUCUUGCUGUAGAAAUUUUAAAAAUAUAAGAUUUCUCGUUCCACGAUGAUUAAUAUUUAUAACUAAAAGAUAGAAG